AUGGCGCCCCAAGUCAUUCGUCUACCAGACGGCCAGACCUUUACCGUCACGCCUGUCUUUGCUGGCCUGGGCUUCAAGAGCCACGAGCUCAACACCCACCACAACGCCUUUCCCAUCGGAUGGACUGUCGUCCUCAACACCGAGACCGAGACCGAUGCCGAUACGGAGGCGGAUCCUACUUCGGAGGAUAAGGGCGAUAACGAUGUCGAGAAGCAAGGACCUGAGAAUGAGGGCAACGGCGUCGCCCUCGAUGGGGAGUCGUCGUCGGCUACUCGCAGCGUGAAGCGCCAUAUUCACUCGUUCGCCAAGCCCACACUGCAGGGCGACAACCUCUUUAUCUCGUCCAUCGCGAACCCCUCGAGCUCCGAGUUCAAGCCCGCGGCGAGCCCCACACGCCAGAUCGCCAUGAUGCUGUGGAUCACGCUCUACUGGUACUUCCACCAGCCCGAGCCUGCACCCCAGGUCCCUGCCGACGCAGCAAAGCUCACGCCGCACGCGGCCAAGCCACGAGGCGAGUGGAGGAUCAAUAUCAAGCGGGAUGGCGUGCUCCGGGGCCGCAACCUCAUCCCCAAGCUCGAGCGCAUGGGCCUGAUUGCGUCUGCGAAUAGUGCUGUGGGCACGAGCCUGGACGACAACAGCGAUGGCUGGUCCAACAUGUUUGUGUCACGGCGCAUGUUCUGGCAGCUACCAGGGAGGUUGUUUCUGUUCUCCCUGCAGCCCAACAGGGUUGGAAACUUUGACUCGACCCCUGGAUCACCCAUCGGUAGCCGUCCGGGUUCUCCCAUUCGAGGUGAAUCCCAGGCGCCUUUCCACAAGGCGUUUCCUCGUCACUCUCCCCAUUCGUCCUAUGGGCGAUUAGACACGGAUCUUCCUGGGGGUCCUAUGCCGACCUCGAUGGCGUCAGUGCCGAGUUUCCCUAUCGGUCCAUUCUUUUCAAGUUCGCAUCUGCCGACUUACUAUCCUCCUCCGCCGUUGCAGUAUGUAUUUACAAACAACAUUCGGCAUCCUAUGCGGCCCAAGCCGCCGAGGAUGGGAGAAGUCUUCUAUACUCGGUUCGUCCCAAGUGUCUGCCAAUACUUGUCAUUUCGAGUUGCUUCAAUCUCGCCCAACCCAGUGCCAUACUUGGGGCCUGUUGGACCCAAGCCUCCAGAACAGACUCACUUGUCAGCGCUCAGCGACACGUCUCUAUUGCAGAUGUGGAUGGGUAAACCGCGUGUGAGUGCGUUCUGGAAUGAGUACGAUCCCCAGUUCCUCACAAACUCGUUGAACUCGACCAAUUCUUUCCCUGUGAUUGGAAUGUGGGAUGGUGUGCCUUUUGGGUAUUUUGAGAUUUACUGGGUAAAGGAGGAUAUCCUGGGUCAGCACUUGGGAAGUGAUGCUGGAGACUGGGACCGAGGUCUUCACGUCUUGAUUGGAGAGGAAUGGGCCAGAGGACGUGUUCCAAUCUGGUUGACAGGGCUGGUUCAUUGGUGCUUGACUUCGGACUAUCGAACAAUGAACAUUUGUCUCGAACCAAGAGUGGACAAUGCGAGGUAA